AUGUCGGCCCCAUCCACCCCACGGUCGACGCGGUCCGCAUCCGCGGCAGCCAACUCGCCGGAGAUGCUCACUCCUGGGAGAAAGAUCAAGGCCAUGCUCGCGGCCUUCGAUAGCGACUCAGAUUCCGAAACCGAAAACGCCGUUAAGCAAAAUAAGAACGCCACUUCCUCCAAUUCACCACCAAAAACCAACACAAACCCUACGACGCGAGCGUUCGCGAUGGAUUCGGACCAUGAUGACGAGGGAGACGAAGAUGAGGACAUUAUAAUGCCUAGAGGCCGUAUGGCCGCGCGUCUGCAGGGCGGUGCUACAGAUAACCACGGAAAAUCGACCACACAACCUCCCGCAGAAUCUGCGUUCGAACGGGUCUCCAAGACCUUCCGAGCUGAGAAAGAAGGGCAGAACGAUACGCGUCGCGAUUCAGCAGAUGAUGAGGCUGUUUCGUCCGAUGAUGAUCUCCCUGCGGCUGGACCGCGACAGAGGGCUCAAAACGCGGGAGUGACGCGUGAUGAAGAUGGAGAUUCGAUUAGGUCGCUGUCCCGCGCGCGCUCUUAUUCUCCAUUGUUCAUGUCUUCCCCCACCAAAUCGCAGAAAGACGACGAAGAACAGAGAGAAGCGGUCGAUUCAGGAGAUGAGGAGGGGGCGCCGAAGCGUAACCACCGGUUUCUUGAACUUGUUGCAAAGAAGCGUAAGGAGCGUGAGGAGAAAGAGCGGAUUGAAGCGGAGAAGAAGGCAGCGAAGGCCAAGGAGCGAGAAACGGCUAACAACUCCAAUAUGUUUACCGAUGACGAGAGUGCAGACGACGACAACUCUGGUCGAAAGAAAGCAGCCAAACAGCCGCGUCCUGCACGGAAAGCCGGGAAGAAGGCCCUCGAGGAGAUGAGUCGUGAGACGCAGAGAAUGAGCAGGAACAUGCAAUUGGCUCAUGAGGCUAAGACAAAGAAGAAAAUUACGAAGGAGAGUUUCUUUGCUCGGUUCAACUUUAUGCAACCUCAGGGACAGACUGCGCCGGAGCAACCUGGCGAGAACUCCUCGACAACCGCAGAGUCACAGCAUUCCUCAGAUGUCGAGGCGCACAAGGACAAAGAAACGCCUCAAACUUCUCCUGUUAUUCCGCCAGCGGAUGAUUCAACUAAGACGCAGCAGGAGCAGGAGCAGGAGGAGAACUUACCAACACUUGACGAGCUUAUGAGUUCGGCAGUCCAAAAAUCACCUACAAAGGUAACGGAGGACCAGACCACUAAAUCAAACACCGAAUUAUCGAACGUCAAGAAAGGAAAGUUGCCAGUCAGAGUAGCACCCGCCCGUGUUCGACUCUCUCGCGAACAGGUGGCUCGGCAUCAAAAGGACGAUUCUUCGGACGAUGACCUAGAAAUCAUCACCUCACCUGCCAAGUGCCGACGAAUUGCAGCAUUUGAGAACCUCCCAGCACGGAACGUUCAAGAACCCCCAUCUAUGUUCAAGUUGAAAGCCCUUGCACAACUUAUAUCACCGUCUCGGAAAUCUACGAUGAACUCGGCUGAGCUUUCCGCAAAUCUACUGUAUCAAGCGAAACAACAAGCAGGGAAAGAGCGAAGAGAAAGAAUAGAAGAGCUUAGAGCUAAAGGUAUUGUCAUUGAGACCGCCGCUGAACGUGCUGCCUUUGAAGACGAAGUGGAGAACCUUGUCGAAAAAGCGCGACAAGAAGGUGAAGCGAUUGCAAAGCAGGAACGUGCAGCAGCCAAACGCAAAAAUGGUGGCGACGAUGACGAUGACAGCGAUUUUGAACUAUCCGGUUCGGAAGAUGGAGGUGAAGGUGAGGGCGAGGGUGACGCAGACCCUGAGGAGGACGAGGAACUGGAUGACGAAGAAAUGGAGGACGGGGAGGAGGGCGAGGCGGCCGAAGCUGACAACCAAGAGAACCUGAUUGACUCAGAAGCUGGUGAACAAGAUGAGAAUGAUGAGUCUGAAGAUGAGACUGUAACCAACCCCCCAUUGGAGGCAACUGAUAUACCAACUCAACGACGCAAGAGACGCACUCGGGUCGUUAGCGAUGAUGAGGACGAGGAGGCAGACCAGGCACCGAAGACACCCGCCAAACCGAUCAAUCCGUUUGUGAAUUCAGUGGAGCGACCUAGCAUUCCUGUCAAACCCUCCGAGGCCACAAUGAGCUUAACGCAGGCGUUUGCAGGCACAUUGGCUCCAAGCCAGGACAUGAGCCAAGAUAUGAGCCACCAAGGCCCUUCAACUAUACCUCUAUCACUACCCGAACCUGUCGCAAUGAGCCCGCAGCAGGAGCCGAACUCUCCAUCCAUCAUCAAAGACAGCCAGGAACUACGCGGUGCAUCUACGGAACCGUUCGGAUAUUGGCGGGCCGAUUCUCGAGCUCCCGAAUCCCCUGCUGCUCGAAGUGUAUCUCAGAUGUCCCAGAUCCCAGAUCCAACCCAAGAUGCUGGGUUUGUUCUCUCACCAUUCGAUCCCCACAAGAGAUUUAUAGGUACUCCUCCGCAAUCGACUAUUGAGACUGUUAUCGUGGAUCGGAACCAAUCUCCAGUUGCAGCGAGGGGCAUGAAGAAUUUAAGACGUGGGAAAGCCCCACAACUGUCUGCUGUUGAGGAACAAGAGGAGGAAGAUGAACAAGAGGAGGGUGAUUUUGAAAUCGAUGCGAGUGCAUUCGACGUGAUGAAGACAGCCUCGAAGAAAUCUAAGAAGCAGAACGAGCUGUUUGACCGCAAGAAGAGCAAGGCAAAAGAUGUGGUGGAGGACGCUGCCGAGGAAUCUGAUGAUGAAUAUGCUGGUCUCGGAGGCGCAAGCGAUGACGACGCGGACGAUGAAGAGAACGCACUUGAUAGAGAGAUGAUCAAUGACAAUAGCCGGGAAAGGGUCGAUGCGAAACAGCUGGCUGCUCUGAAUGCGCUUCACCAAAGAAAUGCAGACGAAAAAGAUGUGGCAAAGCUGUUAAAGGACAUCACAACAGGCGCACUUCGCCGACGACGGGGUAAUGACGAUGACUUUGACCUGGAUGAUUCGGAUGACGAGAUGUUGGCGCGUCGACGACAGAAGCAAAGAGAGUUCGCCCGAAUGCGCAAUGCUCUUCUUGCCGAUGGAAAGGUCGGAGAAUUGGCUGAGAAUCCCAAGAAGGCGGCCUUCUUUAAGGCCAUUGAAGAUCGCGACGAUGACGAUGACGUUAGCCUAGAUUUCUUGGGCCACGAACAAGAGGGCUCUACCCAGGAUGCACUCUCAUCUCAAGAUGGAGCUGCAGAGACGCAGACCGAUACUGGACGAGAGGGAGAACGCAACAAGAGAAAAAGGCCCUUGGAACCUGCCGCUGAGGAUGCCAACAACCGACCUCCACCUCACCUCCGCCGGAAACCUGCCAGCGCGAUGUCGAAGAAGCCAGCCACUCUUGCCGAAAUCCGCGACACCCUCUCCUUCCUGACCGAACGGCCUGAAUAUGAUUCAUUUCACGAGGACGCUUCAGUCGAGGACGAUGAGGGCGAGCAGCAUGUCAACGACAACGAAGCAGAAGAACCCGCAGUAACUAGUCGAGAACGGGAAGCAUCUGUAGGCUUCAGCCAUCCACGCCGUACGCGAGGGCCGGUCGUGGACCGCCUUGCUCUGCUUCGACAAGCAUCGUCGAAUUCUGCGACGUCUGCUUCCUCCAACACCCGGCUCGCUUUCCACACAGGCGCUGCCAGCGACAAGGCUACUUCUUUCGGAUUCAAGCCACCGAUUUUGCGGAAGACUACGACAUCGUCUUCGUCUAGUUCUGCUUCUGAAUCAUCUCGUGGGGUUACUAAGGCUCCUGGUUCAUCGGUAGCCAAGAAGGGCUCAGUCAACUACUAUACCGCAGCGCGCGAACGAGAGCGCGAGAGGCAGCUACGGACGCAACACCGUAACCGCGGAUCCAACAUUACUGCGCUGCUGAACAAGCAUGCGGGCAACCGACUGGGCGCCCUGGGAGGAACGGGACAGUGGGAUGAAGAAUUGACGAAUUAA